AAGAGAGAGGAGGGGAGAUGAGGGGAGAAAGAUGAGUAGUUAAUCAUCUGCGGUGCAGCCAGUGUAUGUGAGGCCACUCAGGUCUGGUGAGAUGUACCUGAAUCGGGGGGGUGAUUCCCUCCUCUCCUCUCCUCCUUCUCCUCCCAGCUCACUAGUCUGAAGCGCUGACAGAGAGUGGACAGUUCUCCCACAAUAAGCGGCUCUAUAGCAGCCUCCGGCUUAUCUCAUCUCGGCGGAUCGCCCUCGGUGCCGACCCGUACCGACUGUUUGCUGCUUUAUCAUCUCAAAUCUCUCUCUCUCAGCCAUACACGCACACGGGAGAGCGAGAGAAGAAGAGCGAGAAGAAGAAAGAGAUGCGGUCGCGUUUCACUUUCUUUGCUUCCAAGGAUCCGUAUCUCUCGCAUCUUUCCCCCGGAUCUUUGUUGCUGGACGACAGGCUGCGGCUGCGUAAUGCUCCGCGCUGUGUUGAGCAACGCAGCUAAUGGCGGUGUCUCACCAGCGCGUCUGCGGCCUGAUACCGAAAUCCCUACGUUCAUGAGAAGGCAACAGGAAGAAGAUUAACUGGGGGAUUAAACGCUCGCACAUGUAUGCACAUACACACACAGAGAGGAUACCGCAGGCCUGGGAUUUGUCUGCCGUCCAGCCUCACUCUGAAUGAACUGACUGACUGGGACACUCUGUGGUAUCAUGGAAGAAGAGGAGGAGCCAACAGAGUCUCAAUGAGUUUAAAGCACAUGACUCCACCUCCAUCCUCCUGCCUCACCAUCAAAGUCUUUGACUGCUCUACGAGACUUGCAACGCAAAGCUGAGCACGCAGAAAGAGAGGAGAGGAGUGCAGAGCUGACCGUCCGCCUCCCCCUGUCCCAUGAUGCAUCGACACUUGUGAGAGCUGAACCAGCCACACAACCAGGGCUGUUUCUAUGGAUACCCCCGUCCUGGGUCGCUUUUAAUAAGACUUGCUGAUAUUCUGACUAUCUGUGCGUGAAGGAGGUUUUGAGAAAUAUUAAGUGCACCCUUGCAGCAGAAUACAACAUGAAAAAAAGAUCUUUGGAGCAGAAAGAGACACCAUCAUCAAGAGGAAGGCAGUGAAGGGAAAAGCUUUUCAUUUUAAAAAUAUACUCCAGAUUUUUAUUUUUUUUAUUUUUUUUUAGGCUGCGGGAUCAUUGACUCCACCGAAUGUUAAAUUUCCUUCCAUUUUAUUUAAAUUUUUUAUUUUUUUUGCUCAAUUGAUCUUCCACCUACCAAACAUUAGAGACAGAUGGCUCAGUAAAAGCUUUAUUUGAUAAGAACUGUUCUGCACAAGACGAAUGAAGAGGUGAAAUGAUGCACAAAGAAACUUAUUCUUGCAAUACUGAGUAUAGCUCAAAAUUCAGCACAUGCCUUUCUUGAUAUAAUAAUCCCAUUUCCAAUUCUGUGGGCCGAUAGAACUGUCCACAAGACUUCUACAGCCUUUGGGUUGUAUUUGCAGGAAAACAGAUAUCAAAAUCUGACUACCUAAGGAAACAUCAGGUCUUUACUCACCAGCAAGAUGUAGCAUCAUGUGCUUAAACAAUUUUCUUAAUUUAGAGAUUGAAUCCAUAACCUGGUAGCAGUACUUGGAGUCUCUCUAUCAUUAGUAUCUCUAUAGUGAGCUGUUAUGGCCAGACAGGACAUGCCUCCCUUUCUCCACGGCUUUGACCUCAGCGGUCACUUUGUUGACCCCCGGCCCCUCGGCACAGGUGUCACCGGCCUGGUCCUGUCGGCUGUGGACCAGCGCACUGGACAGAGUGUAGCGAUUAAAAAGCUGGUGAUGCGAGACGCCGUGACGGUGAAACACGCCCUGCGAGAGGUGAAGAUCACCCGGCGUCUGCUCCACGAGAACGUGGUGCGGGUCCACGAGGUUCUGGCGCCGCACGGGCGACCGCUGCCCCGAGACCCAACCCACCUCAGCGCCCUGUACAUCGUCCAGGAGUGCAUGGAGACGGAUCUGGCUCGGCUGCUCGAGCAAGGCCCGCUACCCGCAGGUCAUGCUACGCUGCUGUUCUACCAGCUGCUGAGGGGACUGAAGUUCAUCCACUCAGCCAACGUCCUGCACAGAGACCUGAAGCCUGCCAACAUAUUUAUCAACACCGACCAACUGCUGCUCAAGAUCGGAGACUUCGGGCUGGCCAGAAUUGUUGACCCUCAUUAUUCCCAUAAGGGCUAUCUGUCUGAAGGUUUGGUAACUAAGUGGUAUUGUUCCCCCCGCCUGCUCCUGUCCCCCAACAAUUACACCAAGGCCAUAGACAUGUGGGCCGCUGGCUGCAUACUGGCUGAGAUGCUCACUGGACGCAUGCUGUUUGCAGGAGCUCACGAGCUGGAGCAGAUGCAGCUGAUUCUCAACACGGUGCCCGUGCUGAGAGAGGAGGACAGGCAGGAUCUGCUACAGGUGAUGCCUUCGUAUGUCAGUCGUGGAUGGAGAGUCAAGAGACCCUUUUCUGAAUUGCUGCCCGAAGUGGAUGCUCAGGCUGUGGACUUCCUUGAGCGUAUCUUGACCUUUAACCCCAUGGAUCGCCUGACGGCUGAGGCAGCGCUGUCCCACGCCUUCCUGCAGCAGUACUCCUGUCCGGAGGAUGAGCCCACCUCAUCGCAUCCCUUCCGCAUCGAGGAUGAACUGGUGGACAGCCUCAUCACCGAGCAGAGCCUCAGCAACAGCAACAGUGAGGUCUCCAGCAUCCACUGGGACAGGUACGAGAACAGUUUAUCAACAGAUACGUGCUGGCAGCAGUCAGGUGGGGGGUGUCGCUGUUUGCCCGCGAGACACAUGACCUCUGACCUGGGAGACACUACAGAGGAUGAGGAGGUGCAGAGGGACCCCCGAGCAAGUUCCAGCUCACUUUUGGAGGAGGCUCAGGUCGACCCACGCAAAUAUUCCCACAGCAGCUCAGCCGAACGCUUCCUGGAAAACUCUCACUCCUCUCUGGAACGGGCCUGUGGUUUGGGGCACGGUGAGCUAGACUGUGGCCGCUCCUGCGACUACAAAGUGGGCUCUCCUUCCUAUCUGGAUAAGAUAGCCUGGAGGGAGGGGAAGCCUCAACACUACUCUGAGCCUAAGCUGAUCCUGGAUCUGUCUCACUGGAAGCGUAACACUAACAGCCUCCCUGUGCCAGCUGAGUUCAUCGGCGGCAGCUUGGAGGUCCCGGGAGAGAUGAAGGAGGAGGAAGUAGAAGAAGAAAGAGAAGAGGAGACCGGGGAUUUAUUUCAGGAAAUCUCUCGCUGGGUGGAGAGCACCCAGUCCCGACUCCACUCGCCCAGUCCCAGCCCUUCUCUGGAGCAGCGUUCACCCUCCUGCUAUACCUCCUCACCCCCUCUCCCACUCUCCCCUACUGACCUCCCAAAUCCAGUCUUCCACUACAUGGAAGUUAUGCAGCACCAAUCAGCUGAGUAUGACAUAGACAGGUUAAGCCCGCUCCCCCCUAUCAUGUCUUCCUCUCAUGUCCUUCCUUCACUUCUCCCUUCAUCCCCCACCUCUCCACUUCCCCCUCCGUCGCCACAGGCAACGUCACCCCCCGCCACGCCGCUUUUGCCUUCCCUCGAACCUCAGCCCCUGUCCUCCACUUCCUCCACUUCUGAGCCAGUAAAUGCUGACUCCACGGAGUCGCUUCCUGUCAAGCAAAAAGACCGCCUGUUCGACCUAGACGUCUUCAUAUCCCGGGCGCUUAAACUCUGCAGGCAGAAUAAGGAGAGGGCAACCGGGAAGAAAGGAAAAGAGGGAGGGUGGAUGGAGGAAGGCAAAGUACCGAGCGUUAACCGAAAGGUACCCAGGCUUCCAGAGCACAGGACUCAGCCACCACAGACGCCCAACUCUUGAUGUUGACUUUCAACAUCCGCAGUUUUGCCUCAUUAUGAGCAGCACUUCCAAAAUGCUAGCAGUGCUUUACACGGCGAGGUGUGUCCACGGCUGACUAUGCUGCUUAGACAUUAGACAUUAGUGUUAGCAGCUUUUGUCGUUUUGGUACCACUGCAGUGACACACUACAUGCUGCGACAAAAACCCUCACUUAAACAAGCAAUCUUGCAGCUUUGUCAUGAGGUGUUCUCUCAGGCAAUAAGGUCAGAAAGCAUCCGGGUUGAAUAUAAAUAACCAUGCUUAGCAGUGCAAAUGUCAAAGAUUAGUUCUCCUCGUGCGUAUUUCGAUGUAAUCAGCUGAUUAAUGCUUGUGGUAACUUUGGUUUGCUGUGAUUUGUCAAGUUAAAGCUGGAUCAGACGAGACUUGACAGCGAAUUAUUCUGCGCCACAAACAUCUGCAAAACGGCGAAGAGAGGACAGGCAGCUGCUGACUUGAUUUAUCCAGUCACUGGAGAGGGCUCACUUGUGUUUUUGGGCGUGCUUUAAAUUUCCCGUACAAGAGCCUUGACGGUGUGUUAAUCAGCCAGUAUUUUAUUUUAUUUUUUCAAAACGUCGAGCAGUCUUCCAAUGGCGACAUUCACCAAAUAAUUAUAGUUUCUCCCCCAGCUGUUUCUGAAUGUAUUAGCUGAAAAAUAAUCAGUCACAUGGUGAACCAUAAGGAUCUUUUUGUUGCUGUUUUGACUCACAGUGACAUUUUGUCACUGCUACAAAAAGUCUGUAAACUUGUAAAACAUGGAUGUCAUAUUUAAUUCUAUAUUAUAUUUCUCAAGAUUUAUUAUGGUAAUAACAUUCUUGUGGUUAAAUUAUUCUUGUAUAUUUUUUCAGGGUUCACAAUCAUGUUAAUUUGGAGUACGUUUGUUUUGUUUGAAUGUUGAAUGCUCUACGGUAGCGAUUUAUGAUUAUUCGGCCAACUUUGCUCUCGUUCGGUUAUUUCUUUUUUUGCCUGAUGUAGCGAACAAGGUCAUCAGCCCUUACACUAGAUGGACAAAUGUCUGUCACUGUUUUGCUAACUUAAAUCCGUCCACGAAAAGCUUUAAUGCAAACAAAAGUAGCCUAUAUUUUGGAGAAUGUACAUUUGCUACCUUUAUAGGAACAUGUUUCUACUCAAAACUUCACAUUGCUGUCCAUUAACCAUAUUAAUCUACUGAAAAUAAAUAAAACAUUUUUAGCACACAUACCUAUGCUGGCAUCUGAUGUCUCAGUAAGUUCUCCCGAGAGCUGUUGGUUGUGCCUUUGUUGUCUCUCAAUCAAGUGCAUGUGACAUUUAAUUCAAUUGCGGUGGACCUGAAAAUGAUUCAGGAAGCAUAUGGAAAUGACUUUAAAGAUAUUCUGCUGAGCUGGCGCCAACAGUUAAAUCAAUGUGCCCCAUAUUCUAUAGCUGCAAUCUGUCCUUCUGGGUGUUACAGUGUGAGAUGUAAAGCUCUGCUGUGGGUUUGCCACAGACAAAACACACUGCCAGCAACACACACACACAAAGAAUGUUUUAUCAUUGAUGAAUCCAGCAUCUGAUCCCCAUUCUGACUGAACACAUCUGCUAUGCCCUCCAAUAUUAAUUUAAAUCCAUACUUUGUGGAUAAGAUGCACCCACAUGAAGGUUUUCUUUGCUUUUGCAUUCAUUAUUUGUCUUUGCGCAUACAAAGAUGAACUCUCAUUGUGUGUUACGCAUGCUGUAGCCAGUGCGCACAGGUUGUAGUGACCUCUUCACUGCUCAACAUAGUAUGACUUCCAAAGGAUUUAGCCAUACAUGGGAACAGUACAACCCCCGAGACAGCAAAGCCAAGUUUAUUUGUUUACAUUUAUGACGAAGCACAUGUAGCAUCAUUCAGAAAUAAAGGAUUUCGUCAGCUUCAGCUCUGACCAGAAAGAGUCAUCACAGUAAAGGGCAAGCAGUACAAACUACUAGUUUUCUGAUCCAUCUAUUUACAGAAAUAAAUAAAAACUGGGCAGUGCAGAUAAUUAACAUGAAUUUAAUGGUGAACUUAUACAGGUCUAACAAUCACAUUUUGCAUAUAUAUAGUUUCUCCUGCAGGUAACCUAAGCCAGCAAUAAAAUUACGCAGACAUACUGUAACACAUGUGGUUACUGAGCCGAACCUAUGUAGAAAAUGUGCCUCAGUACGCCUCGAUGCUUCCAGUUUGCUGAAUGUAACAUAUGCCCUUUCUUCUGCAUGGCUAUUCAGAUAGCUUAAACGUUGUUGUUUUUAUUGGGUGUCACUUUGUGGACCGGUCAUAUUUCUGUGGGCUCUUGUUUAUUUUGUACUCAUGCUUCAAGGAGGCCUCGUCUUUUAAUUUGAGAAGACUGAGUGAUUUUUAAUGCUUAACACUGAUGGAUAAUAUCUCUUUUUGGAGUUUCUGUUUAUGCUGAAAAAUUAAUAAAACAAUACUAAAGCAA